UCUACGUACUGAGUGGUCGGGCGUGAUGAGAGAGGCUAAGAUUGUGUGUAGACAGCUGGACUGUGGGAAUGUUGUGGCUGAAUCUAGAGGACCUCUGUUUGGAAAGAGAAGAAGAGCAGUCAGACUAGGUGGUUGUUAUGCAAAUGAGUCUUCUAUUACAGAGUGUGACAUCAUAAGAAGUGGACGUAGGUUCUGUAAUGGUGAAUAUUAUCAUCAUGUGAUCUGUUCAGAGUCUGUGCGUCUUGUGGAUGGAGCUGGUCUCUGCUCUGGGAGAGUGGAGGUGAAGUCCAAUCAGUCCUGGGCCUCAGUGUGUGAAGCUGACUUUGACCCGCAGGAUGCAGAGGUAGUCUGUGGGGAGCUUGGCUGUGGGGCUCCUGCAGCUCUACAGGGGGGGCUCUAUGGAGGAGGUGAGGGUCACACCUGGGAUAAAGAGUUCCAGUGUAAAGGCAAAGAGUCCCUUCUCCUGGACUGUGACACCUCAGACAGAAAACACAACACCUGCCUACCUGAUAAUGCUGUUGGACUCACCUGCUCAGGUAAGAAACAGUUUGUCACUCAAUCAAUAUUGUUUCUCACCUGGAGUGAAGAACAUGAGAGGCAAUAUAGGUGUGUUUUAAGUCUGAUGAGGCUGGUGGGAAGAGGCAGUCGCUAUGCUGCUGUAGUGCAGUGGUACGACCAGGGAGAGUGGAGGACAGUGGGAGCUGAAGACUGGGACUUGACCUGGACGCCGGCAGCUGCAGUAGUGUGUAGACAGCUGGGCUGUGCAGUGGUACGACCAGGACUAGUUCCAGAACACACCACUAGAGGGUUUGGAGGUUUCCNAUAUUAUCGUCAUGUGAUCUGUUCAGAGUCUGUGCGGCUUGUGGAUGGAGCUGGUCUCUGCUCUGGGAGAGUGGAGGUGAAGUCCAAUCAGUCCUGGGCCUCAGUGUGUGAAGCUUACUUUGACCGGCAGGAUGCAGAGGUAGUCUGUGGGGAGCUUGGCUGUGGGGCUCCUGCAGCUCUACAGGGGGGGCUCUAUGGAGGAGGUGAGGGUCAGACCUGGGAUAAAGAGUUCCAGUGUAAAGGCAAUGAGUCCCUUCUCCUGGACUGUGACACCUCAGACAGAGAAAACAACACCUGCCUACCUGGUAAUGYUGUUGGACUCACCUGCUCAGGUAAGAAACAGUUUGUCACUCAAUCAAYAUUGUUUCUCACCUGGAGUGAUGAAUAUGAGAGGCAAUAUAGGAGGCAGAACAGGGUGAGCAGCACGGAUCUUUAUGGCAAUGCCAUGGAGACGGUCUCCCUGAGCUCCAGAGCUGAAGCUGGACCGGGAGAGGAGAGAGCAGCCCAGGGGACGGAGUAG